GUUGAACAACAACCUGAACAACUUAUAUACAAAAUUGAUGAUUUGCCUCAACAAGUACUUUUGUUUUUUAUCAUUUAUUUGCACUAAGCUGAAUGUUAUCUAAAUUUAAAAAUUGAGUAAAGUAAGAUAAAAUAUACUGCGAAACCCCUGAAAAUAUCAGAUGAAAUCAGUCGCGAACAGAAAGCUAAGGAGUCUAUAAGAUUAAAAGAAAACCCAGAAGGACAUUGCAAUUCGAAGCUGUUUCUCCAGCUCAAAACUGUAGAACUGAAAUAAACCGACAUAAUCAGGUGUUUUGGGCCAUAAAACAGCCAGCGAAUCGGCCAAGAAAGCAGGCCUAAUUGAAGUGCAGGUAAAGCUCUCCAUCGCCAGGUAAAAGCCUAUAUUGGAGAAAACCCUUUUUGCCUUUCUGGGCCUAUAAGUUUGAGGGGUGAGCGAUUGCAGCUGUCAGAGAGAAUCGAGCAUUUAGAUCAGCAACAACAUGGGCAACGUCAUGGAUCGCAAGGUGUCCUGUUCGGAGGCACGUGCCACGACGAAUGCCACGCCCACUCCCUGUCUGACUCCCAAGGAGACGCAGGAGUCCAUGAAGCCAGAAGUGGAGCAGCCACAUGAGAUUGUACCGAAUCUGACAUUCCACUUGUUCAGCUAUCGCCAGCAGAUGGGUUGCAAAAAGCACCAGUUGAUGAAGUGGGCCACCUCGAAGCUCCUUCUCACCGAGGAGCUAUUGAAGCUACACAGACAGCACCUUCAGCCCUCCAACGAAUCAUGGACCAACUUCGACAACCUGCUGUCCGAUGAGGAGGAUGAGGAGAACAAAGCACCGGCCGACGAUGAUCCGCUGGCCCAGGAGCUGUGCCACCUGAACAACUACCGCCUGGAACUCAGGGGCACCAUCCUGGAGGUCGCCCAGGAGAAGAUGAAGAAGCGCGAGAAGAAGAAGCUAAAGCGGCUGAAACGCCGCACCCUGAUCUCCUCCAAGAAGCCCAGCAACAAGAACAAACACAAGCACUGCCAUGCUCAGCAGGAGUUGGAGGAGCACCUGGCUCCGGAUCCCCAGGAUCAGCAGGAGGUCAUUGUCAUCGAUUAGCCUUAUGUAUAGUUCCUAAGUCUUAGUUAAUUUAGUCGUUACUCUCGUUCUAAUUGUACAUAUAUUUACUAUAUAUAUUCCUAGUCUGUUUUUAUAGCCAUUAAAAUAGUACACAGC